CGGCUCAGUUGCGUGCGCAAAAGUGGGCAAGGUUAUUCUGAAUACAACGUAAUUAAUUUUAUGGUGUUUUUUUCGUUUUAAAUAAUUGUAAUGAAAUAUUGUGCAAUAUUGGCAAGACUGGAUGGCGGUUUUGAGUCGUAUGUUAGAACAUGGUGCUAAACUAGGCAAUCGAAUCAACGCAAACAUCAAAUAUUUGAAUAUUUCAUAUUUUCAUCGACAAUCGACAUUAACUCGUUGUGUGUCCCUUGAAAAGGUACUUUACAACAAUACCUAUAAAUACCUUCAACCUCUGAAUUUUAAACAACUUUUAUUUUUUUAUCAAAUAUACUCUUAUUAGGUAUGGUAGUUGUAAGUUAUAUAAAAGAAGUGUGAGUUGCUCCGCUGUCUAUCACAAUAUCAGUAGAGCGGCCAUAAACAUUCGUAGCUAAUACAGCAUUUUUGCCCAGAAAAGUAACUGGCACAUUAUACUUUUCAAACACUAAUUCGACCAACUUUUCUCUUUUAGAUCUAAUGUUUAAUGAAGACUCAGUAAAUAAUACUGGAUGAUAUUGUGAUUCUGUUUGUAAGCACUUUGAGUAAGAGUAAUCCAAUAUUUUCUCAAACAAAUCCCAAUCGUCGAUCAUACCAUCCUUCAUAUAGCUUACAGCUUCCAUACCUAAUAAGAGCAUAUAUUUGAUAAAGAAAUAAAAUAUGUUUAUAAUUCAUUAGCUGAAGGUAUUAAUUAUAGGUAUUAUUAUAAAGUACCCUUCUAAGGGUCACACAUUGAGUUAAUGACAGAAAUGGUUAUGCCUAAGAAGAUACACCAAAAGCAGCAAUACCAGCAGUGGCCAGUAGUUGGUGUCUCGAGCGAUGGUACAGCAGAAACUAGUAUGUUAGAACCUGAUACAAAAUCAGGCAAUCUCAUCAACGAAAACACCAAACAUUUCAUCGACAUUAACUCAUUGUGUGUCCCUCAUAAAGGUCACUCCCUGAAGUAACAACUUCUUGGCAUAAUUAUAUGUUUAAAGUAGUUAUUCAAGACUUGAAGCAUUCUAUACUGUAAGUAUCUGAAGGUCCAUAUGAUGAGAGAAUAAUAUCAGCUCUUCCGACUUCUCAUUUUGAGUUUCUUAAUGGCUAUAAUCAAGAAUUUGGCAAUGAAAGAUUCAAAAUACCAGAAGCUUUAUUUGAUCCGAGUGCUAGUAUUGGUGAUUCCAUGUUGGGUAUGAGUCAGAUUGUUACCACAAGUGUUGGAAUGUGUGAUGUGGAUGUAAGGCAAGCAUUAUACAACAAUGUUAUUGUCACGGGGGGAAAUUCAUUUUUACAAGGUUUCCCAGAAAGAUUAAACAGAGAUCUUUCUGCUCGUAUACCAGCUAGUAUGAGAUUAAAAUUGAUUGCACCUAAUGGAUCCACUGAAAGAAGAUUUGGUGCCUGGAUUGGUGGUUCAAUAUUAGCAUCAAUUGGAACUUUCCAACAAAUGUGGAUUAGUCAUCAAGAAUUUAAAGAAGGUGGUAAAAGUCAAAUUGAUCACAAGUGCCCAUAGUAGAUUAUUACUUAUUAUUUUAUAUAAUACAAUUUGUAUACAUUUACUUACUCUUCAUACAUACUGUAGUAUGUAUUUUAUAAUAAUAAUAAUAUUAAAUUAAUAUUAAUUUAAAUUAUAUUAUCAUCUUGGUAUAAGAGUAUGCAUGGUGAGUUAUUAGUGUUCAUAAUUAAUGUAAAUUUGUUAUUAAUAAUAUAAUAAUUAUUAUUUCUUA